AUGUUCUUCAACAAAGCAGAGACGCUGGUUAACUACUCUUUUGGAACAUGUCAACAGAGGAAGCUCUUUCCUCACUUCCACCCCCCAAACUUGUUGGGGAACAAGUUUCUCCCUCUUAGGGGAGUGCCCCACAGAGGGCCUGGAUGUUACAUAGCAGAAGAUAGGUAUGGCUUGGCAUACAACCUCUCUAAGAUCCCGACCAGUAUAAAAGGAUAUGCUUUUGGAGCCAGAACAGCUGUGAGGUUUAAGCCAAUCAGCAAGGAUAUGACACCUUACCCAGGCAUGUACCAGACAGUCGGUCCUCAGGAGCAAACACACAAACAAAAUUUUGCUCCAUUUAAUGCCUUGUUGCCUCGAUUUAGGACAUACUCUAAGGACACUUGUUAUCCUGGCCCUGGCACAUAUAACCCAGAGAUAAAGGCACCCAAAAAAAUCAUCUGGCCAAUGAAAUUUGGAUCUCCAGACUGGGCCCAGGUUCCAUGUCUACAGAAAAGAACCUUGAAAGCUGAGCUAUCCACAGACAAAGACUUUAGAAAGCAUCGGAACCGUGUGGCCUACCUAAGCCUGUAUUACAACUGA